AUGACUCUCAAACAACACAAUUCUAAUGAUAACACCCUUGACAGCAAAAUACAAGCAGCAAGACAUAGCAUAAAAGAAAAUAAACAAAUAGCUCAAUACAAUACAUCACCAAACUUCAUCGCUA